CUCCUGGAUGACUUCCUUCUCACGUACACAGUCUUCAUGACGACUGAUGACUUGUGCCAGGCACUUCUGAGGCACUAUUGUGCUAAGAACCACCAAGGGAAAGAAGACGACUCUGAUGUGUCCUGCAGGAAACGAAAAGUCUUGCAUUUGGUGUCUCAGUGGACUUCUCUCUACAAAGACUGGUUACACGAAGAUGAGCAUUUAAAACAAUUUUUAAAGACGAUAUACAGGAAUGUGUUAGAUGAUGUGUAUGAAUAUCCCAUUCUUGAGAAGGAACUGAAAGAAUUUCAGAAGAUACUUGGGAUGCAUCGUCGUCACACUGUAGAUGAGUAUUCACCUCACCGAAAGAAUAAAACCUUUUUCCACCAGUUCAGUCUAAAGGAGAACUGGCUGCAGCACAGAGGAACCAUGAAUGAAACAGAAGAAAUUUUCUGCCGUGUGUAUAUAACAGAGCACUCCUAUGUCAGUGUGAAAGCUCAAGUAUCCACUUCAGCGCAGGAGAUACUGAAGAUUGUAGCAGAAAAGAUCCAGUACCCGGAGGAGGAGUUGGCGCUGGUGACAGUCACGUUCUCGGGCGAAAAACAUGAACUACAACCAAAUGACUUGGCUAUCUCAAAAUCUUUUGAGUCAUCCAGUCGUAUGUUUGUCUACCGAAAAGAUCUGACUGAUUCUUUGAACCCAUUUGCUGAAAAUGAGGAAUUGCAGCAAAGGUCUGUGAGAAUUUUGGGAAUCAACACCUGGGAUCUUGCCUUAGAACUAACAAACUUUGACUGGAGCCUCUUCAAUGCAAUUCAUGAGCAAGAGCUGAUAUACUUCACGUUCAGCAGACAGGGCAGUGCUGAAAACACUGAGAAUCUCAGCCUUCUGCUUCAAAGGUGCAACGAGGUCCAGCUUUGGGUUGCCACCGAGAUACUCCUCUGCAGCCAGCUCUGCAAACGUGUACAGCUAGUCAAAAAGUUCAUCAAGAUUGCUGCCCACUGUAAAGCCCAAAGAAAUCUGAAUUCAUUCUUUGCUAUUGUUAUGGGUCUCAACACUGCAUCUGUCAGCCGGUUGUCUCAGACCUGGGAGAAAAUUCCUGGGAAGUUCAAGAAACUUUUCACUGAACUUGAAAGUUUGACAGACCCUUCUCUGAAUCACAAAGCUUACAGAGAUGCAUUCAAGAAAAUGAAAUCUCCGAAAAUCCCCUUCAUGCCCUUACUUCUGAAAGAUGUAACAUUCAUCCACGAAGGAAAUAAAACUUUUCUGGAUAACCUUGUUAAUUUUGAAAAGCUGCACAUGAUUGCAGAUACUGUUCGGUCAUUGAGACAUUGCAGAAAUAACCAGCUUGGCAAUGAAGUUCCUUCAAAAGAGCAUCAUGAGCUGAAGCCAUACGUCCAUCACCUGCACGUCAUUGACAACCAGCAAGCUCUGUUUGAGCUUUCUCAUAGGAUAGAGCCGCGAGUGUGAGCAUACACAGCUUCAUAUAACCUUAUAACUGCAGCACUUUGAAUUAAGUGAAUGUUUAUGCCAAGCAUGUUGCUUCCCUAUGUAAGAACAGUUUACUGAGUUUUAUCAGUAGCUCACACAACAUGCACAGGAAAAUCAGGCAAGAGCCAGCAAAGGAGCUGCUCACAGAGUUGCAGGGCAAGCUUGGUGCCAUCCCCACUGGUCACCGGGACGGGAGGGAGCAGAGCAGCGUCCUUUGAGCUCAGGUGCUUGGUUUCUGUGAAAAUAUUGUUUGGUCCAGCGUAGCUUUCAAUGCAGAUUCUGCCAGUAUUAGAAUGAAAGGAAACGUCGUCUCACGGCAGCAAAACAUUUCGGCAAGCAACAUGCCACAAGGGGAUUGAUUCUCGGUUCACCACAGCAUGUACCUCACUAAUUCAAGGCUGCCAAAGUAUUGUUGCCAAAAAUACUGUGCAAUCCGUGCAGCUCCCCUGAGUCUACUGGAGCAUCUUAUUUGAGAUAAGUGUGGACAACCAGGAAUGGGAAUAUAAAAAGACAGCGCACGAGAUGAAACUCAGGAGCGCGUCGUGAUGUGGAAGUCAGCAGUAAACAGUUCAUGCUGUUAUGGCCCCUUAAGAAUCUGCUUUAUAAAACACACUGUAAGAGCCAAUCCACUUUUGUUACAAUUUAUGGACGCAAUUGUUUGUACACUGAAAACAUGUUAUUUUCUUCCUUUUCAGUUAUCUCAGAUUUAGCACCAGCUCCUGCAGUUAACACGUUAUAAAUUAUUACAGCAGGAGCUUUGUUUUCUGCUUGGAUUACAGCCUCCUUGGUGUCUAUUCAGAGGCAAUGCCUAGAUCCACCUACAUUCCUAACUCACCUCCUGGAAAUGCUGUUUCAGCAGGUAAAACUUCACCUAAUUUGCACACGCUUCUAGUUUUUAAAGAACAAAAGGGUACACCUUAGAGGGUACCGGUGUAAUUACCUGCAUACACACCGGCUUCUCAGUAUCAGGGUCCCGUUACUGCUUCUGUCCCUCUCACACCCCUCCCCUAGCCAAUUCCCAUGUAGCUAAAAGUACUACUUCUGGGCAUGUACUGAGGCAGCAUUUCUAAAGUCUUGUCUACAGUUAACCUACAUCUAAGCACCACCAUCACAGUAGCUCUGGUUUUCAUCGCUAAGAAGUUGCCCUGAAAUAAUCUAGUGAAUGCCACAGGCAAUGUGCAGUGUGCUACGCAGUCUGGCAUGAGUUUGUACACUGACUCACGGCAACGGUCCGGUUGGCAGAGCAGGGAGGACAUUGCAUUGCUUUCCCAUCUCUAUUGUAUGUUUUCCACACGAGGAGGACUUCCAAGAAAAUGCUCCUUAACGGAAAUGUGGGAAUACUGAAGUAGCAUGCUCUUCAUCAUUGUAUUAUCUCUGGUUUAAAGGGAUUAAAAAAAAGCAGCUUUAACAAGUAGUCUGUGGGGGAAUCUGUAGAAUGCAUUCGGUUUUCCCAUCUGUGAAAUAUUGUAUAGAUCUAUUGUAAAGGAAACAGAUGUUUCAGAAAUGUAUUUGCUUGUACUUUGUUAUUAUCAAAUACUAUAUGGUUUUUGUUUGUUUUUUUUUUUUAGAAAAAAAAAUUUGUCUUUUUACCCAGUAAAAAGAAAAAAAAUAAACUCUUGCUGGCCAUGGAGUAAAAAUUUCCUAUGUUCUUCUGUAGAUGUGACUGCACAUAUUGUAAAUAACUCUUUUGUGCAAACAGACCAAAACUGUUCAGAUGAGGAUACUAGCUGCGGUGGGCUCCUUUUUGCAGUGCAAGAACACAAACCAGAUACAAUUUGCUGCUUGUGUUACUGCAGUUCUUCCUCUGGCUGCAGCGCUCACCGAAUCCCCACCCUAGAUGCAUUACCUGGGUGGUUUGCUGGUUUUUGAGCUCCCCCUUGUGAAAUCUUUUUACUGUGUCAUUAUUUUUAGGAGCCUGUAUGUAGACCAGCCUGCAUGCUUUAGCUCAUAUAGUGUAACACUCUAGUCCACAAGUUGUUCUCUCGAAAUCUGUGGGAGAGGGAGCACGAGAAGGUGUUCACGGUAAGAGAGUGGGCCUGUUUCUCAGUUCACUGCAUUUGGCUGUUUUGGUAGUUACUGCUGAUGAAGCAGCAGCGGUGCCAGAGAGGAGUAAAAGACAAGGAAAUGAAAGAAGGGGAGAAAAAAGAAAGAAAAAAGAAAACAGAAGUAGAAAGAUGACUCUACGCUCAGGCUUUGAUUUGAAAGCAUGCUAGAGCCACCUUGAAGGCUCCUCCCUCUGCCAAUUCAAACUGGUUGAAAGUAGAUGGAUGGGUUAACUUGUACCGCUAGGCUUCAAGCCAGCUAAGGUAUUUGCUAUCCACACUGCUGUAACUUUAUACUAAAUCAAGUGUUGUCUACCCCUUCCAGCUGGCAUAAACUCAUUAUGCCAGCAUUAACCUCAUUAUCUGUGUAGUGGCUAAUUAGACUGCUGUUUAAAACUUUACAAACUAGUUUUCAUAGUGGCCUGUAUAAUUUGGAUAUAACUUUCUGGUCUGAGGGCCCAACUUGGAUGCACCAAUUUCACAUUGAAAAUACGGAUAUUAUAGCUGUUACCAUAAAGGAAAGGCAAAUAGUCCAAAUCUGUAGCUAAUAUAUCUAAUAAAAAAAGGCCCAUCAGAGUCUGCAUUCAACAGGUGAAGCAUUGCAGAGCUGGGCUGCAGAUUGGCAAGCAGCUUGAAGGUGUGGUGGUUGGGAGGGGAACUAGAAACAAACCCUGCGAAAGAGAGGCGGACACUACACAGCCUCUGCCAGGGUCCAGCACUGGUGAUAUUGUGUGAUUUUUAAAUCCUUCAAUAGCGCAACUAUGUUACAUAGGAUAAAAUCCAUUUUAAGUUCAGUUCAUCACAAUCACACCUGGGGUUAAAUACUCUGCAUAUUUUCCUUAGUAGCUAGAAGGAGUAAUUAGACAGAACGAAAGAAAAAGCUGGGUCGCUUUAUACCUCUUUGAUGUGGGAUUUUGUUGCAUCAAUUUUAGAUGCUUCUAUGACACUUCUUUUUGAUUCCAGCCCCGUCUCAGAUAGAAAUAAAUUGCAUUUGCAUGACAGUGGCAAAAAGAAAAAGAUGUUAUCAGAAAUAAUAAGACGUGCUGCUGUAAAAUUACAAAGAAAGGUGUAAAUACUAAACAUUUUAGCAGAGUAAUAUUUAUUUGCAUAGCCUAUUUAUUGUCAUCUUAUUACACUAUUAAGAAAUACUGGGAUGAAGUCAAUGAGCUGAGGUAAGAACACCUGCCUGUUCCAUUCUCUCUGAGUACUAUAAUGCUGUCAGCUUGCAUUAAAAGUAAUAAAAUAGAAAACCCCAAAUCAAGGUAUUUACCUAACUUCUCAGGGACUACAGCUAGUAGUUAUCCACCAUUAUGAGACCUGGUAUGUAUGAAAUAAUCUGAUUUACCAGAAUCAAUGUUGCCAAUGUUUUCCUUUUCAUAUUUCAUGCUUGUCUGCCUCUGUACAUAUUAUUGUGUUGUGUAUUUAUGAGAGCUAGUAAGCAAUAAUUUAUAUGUCAAAAUGGCCAAGCAAUACAAGGUUACAACUUGUAGAAGCAACUGUUACAUUUAUCUUGCAUUUUCCAGUGUUUUUUAAUAUUGCUUUUCAAAAUAUAAAAACUACCUUAAUGAA